GUUGCUUUCUCUAUCACAUGUAAGUGCGUUACAUGGGCUUACGAAGCCGUCGGAUGACCUCAUUUUCUUUUCUCUUCUAGAUAACCCGCAACACACAAGGUACCUUCUGGCUGGACGCAAAAUUACCCAACACUGAAUCCAAACAAUUAUUGUCUGUUAGAUUGUCCUAAUCGGUUGUUACACUUCUUUAAGUUUCCUUCACGUGCUCUGUUCUUCAGUCCUCUUGUACCGGAAUCACCAUCAGGCUAAUUCGAAACCAAUGCGCCGUUUUUUAAUAUUAAUCGGCUUAGUCUAAGAAACUUACAGGAUAUUUCGUGUAUAUUUCCGUCGCACACUUCACGUUACAAUCUGAAGGCUAGUUAUCAAAUUUAGAUGUCAGAAAAACGGUCCUCACGCGUACGGAAAGUUCCCAAUUAUGCUCUGUUAGUUGACAGUGACAAUGAAUUCUUUGAGGAUGACGAACCCAUUAAACUCAAGAAGAAUAAUGAUAAAGAGGCCAAGUCAAUUAGUAAACCUGCUAAGAUUAAGAAAAUAGCUGGAGAUGCACCUAUGAAACAGUGUGAAACAAUCCAAAUACAAAAGGAAAAAUCACCUGAAAGAAUCAAUAAUGCAGCAAAACAGACUACAUGUCCUUCUGUUCCCCGUUGUGAGACAUCUGCCUCUAUAACAGUUUCUAGCCCCAAAACUAUGUCAAAAUCCGUUCCUUCUACUCCUGUUCAUUCAAAUCCACUAGUCAGUAAUGUGACUACACCACCACCUUCAAGUAAAGCCUCUUUUCCUAUCACUCCGUCUACUGGCCUUCGUCUUGGUCUAUCACGUACAAAACGGUUACGAUCUUUACAUGCAAAUGUGCGUAUAGCGUGAUUUAUGACAUUCCUUGAAGUUUGUAUCGAUAACUACUACUUGAUCAUUCUAACAAUCAAGUAUUUAAUUAUUUCUUUUCCCGUCAACACCAGUUUUUUUCCUUCAUUUAUUUAUAUCUCUGUGGCUUUUAAUUAGUAAUUUGACAUCUAUCUCAUUAUAAAUCUUAAAUUAUUUUUUUAAUAUUUAAAAAUGAUUAUUAGAUUGUAAAAGAUUAAUAAAUCACGCUUAUAUU